AUGUCUGACCUGCUCAGCAUGGCGAGCAACGGCGCCUUUCCUCUGCCUUAUGAGGAGAUUGAACGCCUAGUAAAGUCCAUCUACGAACCCGGCCAAGCAAAGAAGAUCGCCGAAACCGAGGCCACCCUUCGUGUUCUUCAACGCUCUCCCCAAGGCUGGGAAAUUGCAGAUGCCCUCCUGAAGAGCGACAACGAGCAGGUCCGCUUCUUCGGUGCCCUGACGCUCACCGUGAAGCUCAACGCCGACUCGGCUGAACUAAGCGAAGAGGAGUCCGAGCAACUGCUUUCAACACUUAUCCAUCAUCUUGUCUCACGGCCUAGCUCAUCCAUCGCGACCCGGAAAGUCAGCUCGACUUUGGCACAGUACUUCUCAAAGCCCAUUUCCGUAUGGACCCACUGCAUCAGGAGUCUUGCCGCAUCGUUUGCCGCCCAGCGUCCAGUCCUAGACGAGGCUUUGAAAGAACAUCCUUCGACAUGGGAUCUCCUUCCGCAAUUCUCCGAUGAGCAACUUCUAGUUAUGCUUGACUUUGCCAUGAGCUUAGCAGAUGAAGCCAAGAAGCCGUCUAACACCCCCGACCGGAAGUCGCAAGAGCGGAUGGUAGCAAACGUAGAGAGCGUUGAAAUUCUUCUCCACGUGUCAUUCGGUCGUGGCAUUAAAUGGCUGUCAAUCUCCAUCGAUGACCCCAACUACGCACAGUCAGUGCAGCAAGGCGAGAAGAUUUGCAUCGCCGCGCUCAAGUGCUUUACUGGAUGGAUCUUCUACGCUCAGUCUGAAUUCAAAGACGACCUUGAGAAGCUCCAACAUCUUCGGUCAGUGAAUGAGCUCGCACUGACGUGCUUGGAAUAUCAUGUUGAAGAUGCCAUGGAACUAGUAGCUGAGAUCCUUGAGAACUACCCUACUUUCUUCGAAGCAAAACACCAAGAAAUGCUAUGGUCGGCAAUCUCAGGUCCGUGGGGUAUGGAGAUACUCAAUAACUCUGACGCCGAAACCGUUUCCCUCGCACGGAUUAUUGUCGCAUACGGACAGAUUCUACUUGAAACCAAGGUCAUCUACAAGCAGCCAGAAAGCACACAUCAUCAGCAGGUCAUGUCCUUCUUACAUAAUCUUCUCAAAUAUCCAGACCCCGUAGGCGCUGAAGACGAGAUUGCACCUGUGGUGCUCGACUUCUGGAGCAAUUAUGUCAGCGCCAUCGCCGAAGAAACUUUCUUAUAUGCCGCUGGAGAGCAAGUGCCCGACUGGAUGAAUACCGCAAAGACCAAUGUUCUCCAAGCAGUUUCAGAGCUCGUACAGAAGAUCAUCUAUCCAUCUGCCGACGUCACCGAAUCAUGGGAUUCGGACGCAAGGAAAACGUUCAAGGUCUUCCGCAUUGACGUCCGAGAUAUCAUCAUGGAGGCAUACGACCCGUUGCGUGACGUGCUCACCGACCAGUUUGUCGAUUUCGCCUUACGCGGACUAGGUGCAGGUGACUGGUUAGAGCUUGAGACGGGACUGUUUGGUCUGAUCGCCAUCGCCGACGCUCUAACUCAAAAUUCCGACAAUCGUCUAACCCGACUGUUCGAGCAACCAUUGUUCGCAACCAUAUCCAGCACUCCCGGUGUACCGGCUAUCACCCGAAGGACCGCUGUGGAACUUGUCGCCGCCUUGAACCACUUCUUCCUCCGAAACCCGCAGUUCCUCCCUCAAGUUCUUCCGUUCCUGCUCGCAGCUCUUGCUCAGCCAGCUAUCGCUCACGGCGCUGCCAAGUCUUUUGCUUCACUUUGCUCCGAGUGUCGGAAGUCCUUGAUAGGGGAGCUGCCCUCAUUCUUCCAAAUGUACGAACAGUUCCUAACGUAUGCCACUGCUGAGGAGUUCACCAAGAGUAUGGUCUUGAAGGGAAUCGCCGCUAUAGUACAAGCUCAAGAUACAGAAGAGAAGCAGUUCGAGGGUGUACGGCAGCUCUUCCAGUACAUCACACGCGAUGCCAUGCAGUCAAUCAACAUCACCAAAGAAGGAGGCGAUGCAGAAGAAGGCCAAGUGCUAGCCCUGACUACUUUGAAGUGUCUUGCAAGCGUUGGAAAGGCAAUGCAAGCAUCGGACGAAGAAGUAGUGGACUUGGAAUCCGACAAGGAGCCUUCAGUGUUCUGGUUGCAAGGUCCAGGCAAAGAGAUCCAGAACCAGGUCAUAAAUCUUGUCAAUUAUAUGACGCAGGUGUUUCCUGGAAACGACGAGAUCAUCGAAGCGGCGUGUUGUGUCCUCCGCACAGGUUUUAAGGAAACCGUGUCGGGUCCAUUCGUACUACCUCAUUCUGCUGCGAUCGACUUCAUUACGAAGACCACUGUGCAGACACCGAGACUGCCAUUUGUCUUGGAGACAGCAUGCUGCUGGAUCUCAUCGCAUAAGCAUCACCAACCGGAAGGCUUCCAGGCUCAGGCCCAGCGAUUACUCCAACACGACCUCAGCAUCAUGCAGGCACUGCAACAUCCACGCAACGACCCGGAAAUCGCUGUCGGCUGUAUAGAACUGGUCCAGAACUUUAUCAACACUGAUCCGCGUAUCAUGACUCAAGAAUCUCCUGAGAAUCUGUCCGGCAUGUUCGGCUUCACGGUCGAGUCCAUCAAGUCGCCUGAAGUCCUACCAAAACGCGCGGCUGCUAAGCUAUGGAAAGACAUUUUCGAGCUUGCAGGCAAUACGAAUAGCCCUCACCAGGCUACAACGCAGGAGAUCGUGGCGCACUUCGGUCCGACAGUGACGCUUGCACUUAUGGCCAACGUAUGCGGAGAGGUGGACUUUACGAGUUUAGAGCACAUUGUCGCACCUCUGCGAGCUCUAAUUCGAGCCGACAAAAACUCUAGGGCAUACAUCACCAAUGCGCUAGCAGAGCAGCCGCUUUUGCAGCGAUUCCAACAGGACCAGGGUGUUCAGGAUAUGGUGCGCAAGCUCAUCGAGAGCAUGACCAGAAACGCAAGAAAUGGCGCGGCCUUCAAAGACAGCGUGAAAGCUUUCUGGCAGACGUGCAAGCAACUGCAAAUGCAACUACAGCCCCAGGCAAUGAACCCAGCACAUCGAUUCGCCCAUGGAUUCCCACAGCCCAAUGCAUACUGA